AUGGCAUCCUGCGCGUUACCUUUUGAAGGCGUCGGCCGAUUCAUUCCCCUGCCCUUCCUUCACAAACCACAGCUUGAGGCCAACUUCGUAGGUGAUUGGCCCCUGAUUCCUGUGCUGGACAUACCGGAUACGUGCGACGCCUGGCUACUAUUCCUGGUUCGGUCCACCAUCCUAAAAAACUUCUCAUAUCCUCGCUGCCUCCCUUCACCCGCUUCCGACCGCUGCACCGUGCCAUCCACGACCACACGUUCCGCGAACUACCACCAACUCCUGGUAGAUACCGGCCGCGUUUCCAUCGAUGGCGUUCGCGACUUUACCUUCCUCAUCGGACUCGCUGAUCCUGAUGCGUCCCUCACCUUCGACACCGUGGAUGAUUUCCCUAGGUCCAUACCCGUUGCGAAAGAGAUAGAAUUCCUGUUGACCGUACGUAUACCUCGGAUCCACACGCUCCAUAUCCUGGUAAGCUCAAAGCACGACCCGUCGACCUUCAUCCACGCCCUCGCCACGAUCUCAGGUACGAACGCGGACGUGAUGCUCUGUCCUGCUCUCGCAGACCUGAACAUAUCCGGUCAUACACCCGAAGAUCUCCUGAACGUCUGGACAGUCAUCAGCCGACGUGCGCACGCGGGUGUCCCGCUCAAAGAGAUCCACUUGCACCAGGACAUAUCCCGCUACGAUGAUAGGCUGCGGUUUCAUGUUACGAAGAGAAGGAAACAAAGCAUCUCACUAAGUUCAGUCGGUACCCCGAUUGAUAUCCUCACGACGUACAUCGCACCAUGGCCGAAGGAAGCAUCACUAUCGUUGAAUUCACAAGAUAAGUAUCGUUGA